AUGGACCCCUUUGUCAGUUAUUUGAAGGAUGGCAAGCUACCAGAAAGUGACUUAGAGGCUCGUGAGCUAAAAAGGAGGGCCCAGAAGUUUGUACAAGUCAACGAAGAGUUGUAUAAGAGAUCUUUCACCCAACCACUCUUGAAGUGUGUGAGGCCUCGCGAAGCUGACUAUGUUUUAAGAGAGAUCCAUGAGGGAAUAUGUGGGAGUCACAUAAGAGCCCGGACUCUCUACCAGAAAGCCCUUCGACAAGGGUACUACUGGCCGACUAUGGUGUCUGAUGCAGAGCAGCUAGUCAAGAAAUGUGAAAGAUGCCAACGGGUUUCUAACCUGAUUCAUGUUCCUAGUGCCAUGCUCACCCACCUGGUCCAGCCAUGCUAUAAUGGGACCCAGUUUACAGAUCGAACGGUCAAGGAAUGGUGUCAAGAGUUGGGGAUCAAGCAGCACUUCACCUCGGUAGCUCAUCCACAAGCUAACGGACAGAUUGAGCUUGCCAAUAGGACUAUGCUCCAUGGAUUAAAAGCUCGGGUGGACAAGGCAGAUAAAAGGUGGGUGGAUGAGUUACCGAGCAUCCUUUGGUCUUAUCGGACCACGAUGAGGGGGUCCACUGGGGAAACCCCAUUUAACUUAUGUUACGGCUCAGAAGCCCUUAUUCCGGUAGAGAUCGAGAUCCCAACUUUUAGAGUGGAUCAUUUUAACCUAGAGUCCAAUGAGCAAGGCCUGAGGAAUAACUUGGAUACAAUGGAAGAGCUUCGCGACGAAGCAAGGGUCCGCCAGGCGGUUUAUAAUCAACGGAUUGAGAGGUACUACAACCGAAGGGUGAAAGCUUGA